AUGGCUUUUUUGUUCAAAUCUAAGAAAAAUCAACAAGGGACCACGCUCCCUCCAGCGACAAGGAACCUCCAUACCUCCGAAGGCGCCCCAUCCGCUGGUGGUCCUCCUCCGAUGACCAACGGGAUCAAAGAAGGCAAUGCCUUUGCGCAGCACACACCCACGUCGAGCAGUAGCUACAACAACUCGCUCAGUUCGGCCACUAGUCCAACAAGCCCGGACCCCGUCAAAGUGCGACAGCGGGCCGAAUCAGAGUCGCAGGUUCAGCGACCACAGCAGCCUCUUAAUGGCGUGUCUCCGACAAGUCCGAACUCCUCCCUCUACCCGUGGUCGCAACGACGCCUCAACUUUUCCUCUCCGCAAACGAAUCCGUUCCCGCGAUAUGGAGCCGCGAUCAAUGCCGUGGCAUCGAAGGAAGGCGACAUCUACAUGAUGGGCGGUUUGAUCGAUGGUUCAACGGUCAAGGGCGAUUUGUGGAUGAUUGAGAGCAGCGGCGGCAGUCUGUCCUGUUUCCAAAUUGCGACGGUCUCGGAGGGCCCAGGGCCUCGAGUUGGCCACGCCAGCUUGCUAGUUGGCAAUGCGUUCAUUGUAUUUGGUGGUGACACUAAGAUCAACGAGACGGAUGCCUUGGACGACACACUUUACCUUUUGAAUACCUCUUCUCGCCAAUGGUCCCGCGCAAUUCCUCCUAGUCCCCGUCCUUCUGGCCGGUAUGGUCACACACUCAACAUUCUCGGCUCCAAGCUCUACGUUUUUGGCGGUCAAGUGGAGGGUUUCUUUUUCAAUGACUUGGUUGCAUUCGAUCUGAACCAGCUGCAGAACCCCACUAACAAGUGGGAGCUGCUUGUUCAAAACAGUCACGAAGGCGGACCUCCAGAGGGUGAUAUUCCCCCUGCUCGUACCAACCACACCCUUGUCAGCCACAACGAGAAACUAUACCUCUUUGGAGGAACGAAUGGUGUGAAAUGGUUCAACGAUGUUUGGACUUUUGACCCUCGUACCAAUACCUGGACCGAACAAGACUGUGUUGGAUUCAUUCCGACUCCCAGAGAGGGUCAUGCGGCUGCCCUUGUGAACGACGUGAUGUAUGUCUUCGGAGGCCGUACUGACGAAGGAAUGGACCUGGGGGAUCUAUCUGCAUUCCGUAUCACCACUCGCCGCUGGUACUCGUUCCAGAACAUGGGCCCCGCGCCAUCUCCUCGGUCUGGACAUAGUAUGACAGCCUUUGGCAAGCAGAUCAUUGUGAUGGCUGGAGAGCCGAGCUCAGCCCCGAGGGACCCCGCAGAACUCAGCAUGGCGUAUAUUCUCGACACUGGCAAGAUCCGAUAUCCCAACGAUUCGCAGUCAAGCGAUCGUGCCCCAGUCCCGGCCGGCAGGAAAAUAAGCACCGACAAGCAAGCACCCUCAUCGGGACGCACAUCUCGCGAGGCUCAGAAUGCAACCCCAGACCAACUGCGCCGUGGCCCGACACCUUCUCGCGAGAGCAUUAUACAAGCCGCAGGUGCGAAGCCUGGAGAGUUCGGGUCGAACCCGAAUCUAGGCCCUGGAUCCCGACUCCCAAGAGCCUCGAUUGCACAGGCGCCGGCUGGCCCACCACCCCCUGGACAGGCCCCAUCCCCCGGCCCCCGUACGAAUGGACCUUCACCCGGACCGAACACUCGCAGCAAGACCCCCACCAAGAAUGAUCGUGGAUUUACGCCAACAGUGGAUGUCCGUGCAGCAAAUGCCGACCGUAAUGUCGAAUCUCCCGUAGCCAAGGAUAUGCACGAGAGCUCAGGCUCUUCCGGGCAACGGACUCCAACCCAGCAACCGCAAAAAAUUACCGCAAAAGCAAUGGAGGCUGGCGAGGCCGCUCCAAUGAUGACACCUGCCCGCCAACGGUCUCUGCGUCAACACCGGCAGCGGGGUUCUAUGGAUAGCGCAGAGGAGUCUGUGCUUGGCCGACAAGCUCCUAGCAUCGAUGGCUCUAUCGAGUCUCGCAGCUUCCGCAACUCUCGGACUCUUGUCGAUGAGCCCCGCUCGCCCAGGCUGACUCCUCACCAAGAGGCCUUGAUCAAGGAGCUGGAGGCAGCCAAGGCUCGCAAUGCCUGGUACGCAUCCGAGCUGUCUUUGGCCAAAAAGGCUGGCUACGUCCCCAGUGCGGCCAGCAGCCCUGCAAUCGACGAGCGUAUCAACGAGUCCCUCAAUGAUGAAGAUCGCCCUCUCGUCGAAGCAUUCCUUGCCAUGCGGGCCGAGCUGGCGAAAAUGCAGGUUACUGUGGAUCGUCAAGCGGCAAUCGCCUCCAAACGGAUCGCGGAAGUUGAGCAUCAGCGUGACGUGGCAGUCAGCGAGGCCGCAUACUCGCGAACUAGACUUGCCGCCCACGGUGGUAGCCAGCGAGGUACUCCUCAGCCCGAAGGUCCUCGUGAUGGAGAGGACGAACGCCCUACCGACAUGGGUCGCCGACUUGCACUGGCCUUGGCCUCUCAGUCCGAGUUGAAGGCUAAGCUGGAAGCGCUGACCACCGACCUCCAGCAAGAAAAGCAAGCCAAGGAGCUGGCUGAGGAUACGAUCGAAGCCACUCGCAAGCGUCUUGCAGAGCUGGAAAUGUCGAAUAGCGCAUUGGAGGCUGAGAAUCUGCGGGCCGAGCUGCACAAAGCUGAAGCAACCGCGAGAGAAGAGGCUUUGCUGCGCUCAGAAGCCGAGGCUUCCUUGAAACAGCUCAUCAUCGACAAAGAGGAGCUCCUCAAACACGCCGAAGAUUCUUCAGGGCGUCUCAAAGACUUUAACAGCAACUUCGAUGGCUUGCGGGAGGCUGUUGCAGCAUCUGCCGCAAAGACUGCCAUUGUUGAGAAGCAGCUGCAUGAGGAGCGAGAACGCCGUGAAGGCCUGGAGCGGAAGCUCUUGCAACUCCGCUCUGAACAUGAAGAGCGAACCACCGAGUUGGAGAACACUACUCGCCGCCUACGGGAUGCUGAGGAACUGGCUGACAUCCAUGCCAAGGAGGCUGAGACGCAUAAGCUGGCUUUCGUGUCUGGCCUCGAGCGUGCCACAUCGGUUGAUCUGGAGGCCUCGAUCAAAUCUCGUGCUGAUCAACGUGUUGCAGCCCUGGAGGCCCAGGUCGAGCGAUCUACCACUCUGGCCAAGGCCAACCAGGCUGCUGCUGAUUCUGCUGCCGACAAGUUGCGCCGGGCUGAAGAGAGGAUUGCUGGACUCGAGGCGUAUCAGGAGCAAGCCAGUCGUGAGGGACUCCAACUCCGGAGACAGCUCCAGAAUGCUAUGAAGGAGAGCCAGGCAGCGACUGCGGAAAGCCGGGACCUGAAGUCUCAGCUUGAAUCCCACCAGCGCGAUGCGAAUGCCUUGAAUAUUCAGCACGCCGCUCUUAAGGACCUCCUCGGCGAACGUGGCGUGAGCACUGACAGCCGGCGAUCCCCUCGUCUCGAGUCACCGGGCUCUCGCUUCGGCACCCCGGAGCAGAGCCGGCUGCGAGAGCUUGAGCAGCAGUUGUCCAACAGCUUGAAGGCUCACGAUGAUCUCAAGAACUCGUUUGAAGUGCGGGAGCAAGAGGCUGACCGCGCGUUCCGGGAGAAGCUGGAACAGCUGGAAAAUGACUAUCAGUCGGCGGUGCACUACGUGAAGGGUACUGAGAAGAUGCUGAAGCGCAUGAAGGAUGAGCUUAGCCGCUACAAGGCCCAGAAUGCCAAGUUGCAGUCUGAGCUUGAGGCUUCUCAGAAGAGUCUGGAGAAUGGUGGCACUCAGUCGGAGGCCGCUGCUGCUGACUGGGAGGUUGAGCGUGCUCGACUCCAGAAAUCCAUCUCCGACCUGGAAUCUAAUACCUCCUCCUCGCUUGAGAGCUUAGAGACCCAGAUUUCGGAAAUGAAGAAGCAGCUUGCCGCCGCCGAAGCUGAGAAAGAAAAGGCGCAGGCUGAGCAUGAGCGCUCUCAGCGAGAGCUUCUUGCUGCUGCCGACCGUAGCCGCGCUGAAUUGGAGCAGCUCAAGCAGGAGAACAUUCACCUCGAGAGCCGUGCUACGGAUGCGGAGCAGAAGGUGAACAUGCUCUUGGAGCAAGUUGAGACUUCCGUUGGCCACUAUCGGCGUCAGUCCCAGCACGGUGGCCAGGGACCUAACGGCAUCUCUCGCACUCACAGCAAUGCGUCCAGCAACACUAUUAGCGGCCGAGCUCGUGCCGAUAGCAGUGUGUCCCAAGACUCGACUGCUUUCCCCGACAACCGUGGCUCUAUGGCCUUGGACUCCCUUGCUAAUGAGCUGGAGGCCCUACGCACCCACUGGGAGAGCACCAACCGCAACUAUCGCUUGAGCAGCCAGCUGGAUCUGGAGCGAACUCCAACCAAGGAGAACAGCGAUGGUCCUGCUUUGAUGAGCGAUAGCUUGGCGGAAUGGCGGAGGCGAUUGGAGGAGGAAGAACGGGCUGGAGGUAACAAGAGCAAGCCAGAGAUUGCUUCCAAUGUGAUCUAA